AUGACUCAGAAAGUGCUCCUUCUUGGCUCUGGUUUUGUCGCCAAGCCAACUGUCGACAUCCUCGCUAAGCAGAAAGACAUCGAAGUUACUGUCGCAUGCAGAACUCUCUCGAAAGCCAAGGAAUUGGCAGGCUCUGUUGCCAACGCAUUGUCGUUGGACGUUACCGACCAAGAUGCUCUGGACGCUGAGGUCAACAAGUACGAUGUUGUGAUCUCUUUGAUCCCAUACAUCUACCACGCUGCCGUCGUCAAGGCUGCCAUCAAGUCGAAGCACACCAACGUCGUCACCACCUCCUACAUCUCCCCUGCUCUGAGAGAGUUGGAGCCAGCCAUCAAGGAGGCCGGCAUUGUUGUGAUGAACGAGAUCGGUCUGGACCCAGGUAUCGACCACUUGUACGCCGUCAAGACCAUCGACGAGGUCCACAAGGCCGGCGGUAAGAUCACCUCUUUCCUGUCGUACUGUGGUGGUCUGCCAGCACCAGAGGAUUCCGACAAUCCUUUGGGAUACAAAUUCUCGUGGUCCUCCAGAGGUGUUUUGCUUGCUCUGAGAAAUCAAGCCACGUACUGGAAAGAUGGUAAGAUCGAGAAGAUUGCUUCUGAGGACCUAAUGGCCUCUGCCAAGCCAUACUUCAUCUACCCGGGAUACGCGCUGGUCUGCUACCCUAACAGAGACUCCACCGUUUACAAGGAGCUUUACAGCAUCCCUGAGGCCCAGACCGUGAUCAGAGGAACUUUGAGAUUCCAGGGAUUCCCAGAGUUCGUCAAGGUUCUUGUCGACAUGGGAUUCUUGAAGGAAGAUCCAAACGAGAUUUUCUCCAAACCUAUCCCGUGGAAUGAGGCCGUUUCCAAGUACAUUGGAGCUGCUUCUUCUUCUGAAAAGGACAUUGUUGCCAAGAUUGACUCUCUGACCAAAUUCAAGGACGAGGCCGACAGAGAGAGAAUUCUGGCUGGUCUCAAGUGGCUGGGCCUGUUCUCCGACAAGAAAAUCACUCCUGCCGGUAAUCCAUUGGACACCCUGUGCGCCACUCUUGAGGAGUUGAUGCAGUACGAAGAGGGCGAGAGAGACAUGGUCAUUUUGCAGCACAAGUUCGGCAUCGAGUGGGCCGACGGUAAGACCGAGACGAGAACCUCUACCCUGGUCGACUAUGGUGUUCCUGGCGGCUACUCCUCAAUGGCCAAGCUGGUUGGUGUUCCAUGUGCUGUUGCUGUCUUGCAAGUCCUGAAGGGCGCCUUCCCGGGCCCAGGUCUCUAUGCCCCAAUGACCCCCGAGAUCAAUGACCCUAUCAUGAAGAUUUUGAAGGACGAGUACGGCAUCUUCCUGACCGAGAAGACUUUAUAA